UGUUGUUGGUGUUCUCGCGAUUUUGUGAUUGAUAAUAAACAUUGUUUUCAAUGCCAUUGUAUCUAUUGUUGAUGAAGUGUUCCCAUUCCAUUUGUUACAUUUUGAUUUGUUGUUGUCACUUGUCAGUCCAGUUUAGUUAGGUGGGGUCCGGCCAGUCCAGCUUAUUUAAUUAAUUUAUUUGUUUUUCGUUUCACCCAACUGCCAACAGCCACAAAAAAUAAAUUAGAAGUACGCUGAGCAGCAAGGAAUCAACAGGAGAUGGCUGCAAGGAGAAAACCAAAAGCUGGACGAGGAGGACGUGACCUGUCUCAGUAUGGUCUGAUGUCAGUGGGUGGCGCCGACAUGGCCGGCCUGGCUGACGACGGGGAGCUGGACGUUUCUGACGCCGCUCUGGAAGACGAGCUGGCUCAGCUGCUGUCUGGAGCUGAGAUACAGGCUCCACGCCGACCGAAACCAAAGACUGCGGUGCCGGCGGACCAGCUGGCCGCAAUGACGGCAGCCUGUAUGAAGGACGACGACGAGAUCUCAGACGUGGACGAAAACGACCCUGAUCUGCUGGCGGAGCUGAUGGCCGUGUCCGGUGACGACGCUGCCCCGACACCCCCUCCCGUCACUUCCCCGGCCAGGGCGGCCCCUCCUCCUCCGGUGCCCAAACGCGCCGCACCGCCCGCACCGGGCCCGGCCGCCGCCCCCGCCCCGGCUCCGGCUCCGGCUCCGGCGAGCGACAUGGCCACUCUGCUGCUGGAGCGGCUGGAGAUGUACCGGGUGGCGGAGGCAAAUGCCAAGGAGGCCGGGCAGACCAGCCGCGCACGACGGUUCGUACGCGGUCUGAAGACCCUGGAGGACCUGCUGAAGCGGGCUCGGGCCGGCCGGGCUAUCGAUGAGGAGGAUAUUCCGCCGCCGGUGUACACGGCCGCCGCCCACAGCACGCCGGCCGCCCCCGCCCCCGCCCCCGCCCAAAGCCCGCCGGCCGCCCCCGCUGGGGAGCAGGCCGACGCGCCGCCGCCCGCCGAAAACGCUCCAUCGCCGUCCAAGGCGCCUCGGCCGGACGAACCCGCACCGUCACCCUCCGUCCACCCCCGUCUGGGAGAGGUGCAGGACAGGAUGGGCCAGUACAAGCACGCCGCCGUGCUGGCCAAAAAGGCAGGGGACAAGGAGACAGCCCUGCAGUACGUCCGGGUAGUCAAGGCGUUUGAGCAGGUGAUAGCAGCCAUGGAGGCGGGUGAAACUGUCGACCUGAGCGACAUGCCCCCUCCGCCACCGUCCGCCGCCCCCGCCGCUGCCGAAGGCUCGUCGUCGUCCGGAGGGCGUCCGCCGCUGCGGCGCCGCUCCACCCGCGGCGGAAUUCCGCUGGACGAGCCGGUGGUGGUACCUGAGGGCGGUCCUCCGCCAGCCGACCCGUCACUCUAUAACGCGCCGCCGCCACCGACUACUGUGCUGGAUGCACUGCAGCAGAGAUUGGAGAGGUACAAGCAAGAGGAGACUGAGGCGAAGGAAUCUGGCAGCGGCAGUAAGGCGCGACGAUACGGUCGCAUCUGCAAGCAAUAUACGGACGCCAUCCGACGGCACCAGGCUGGCAAACCAGUGGCCUUCGACGAGCUACCCACCCCUCCCGGAUUCGGACCUAUUCCAACCGAAGGUGCUGGUGCCGCCUCCCCUGCCCCUGCUGCGGCCCCCGCCCCCGCAGCAGCAGCAGCAGCGGCGGCAGCGGCAGAAAAACCCAGCCCAGCCGGCGCCAAGGCCGGCGUCACCCGGCAAAAAUCCAUCGGUCAGCAGACGCGCCAGCAGAAGCAGCGUGCCUUCCUCGACCAACGCCGUAAGCUGUUCCUCCAGGCAGCGCUCCAAGCCAAGAAGGACGGUGACAAGGCGGCCGCGCUCGAGUACCUCCGCUCGGCAAAGGGCUUCGAGCCGCUACUGGAGGCCACAGAGAAUGGCCUACCGGUCAACAUGGACACGCUGCCGAUCCCGCCUCAGGAGCGGGCCAAGGCGACCACGGCCGACUUCGAGGUGGUGUCUCGCGAGGAGGCGAUGGACGCGUCGGCCACCGGCGACGACGCCGAGCUGGCCGAGCUGUUCCAGAAACUGGAGGCCGACCUAGUGCGACAGGCCACGGUGUGUCAGACCAACCGCGACCACUACCAGAGCCUGGGCGAGGUGGCCGAAGCCAACAAGUUCGACCGGCUGGCGCAGAACUGUCUGAAGGAUCUGGACGCCUUGCGGCAUGCGUACCGACGCGGUGACUUCGUGCCCAAGUUCCACUACGAAACCCGCGAGUUUCAGAUCGUCAAGGCCUGUACGGACCUGAACAGCAACGACCUGGAGAUGACCAUCGUACGGGGGGUGAACUACAACGUCUCCAAUCCCAAGGACGUCGACACCUACGUGAAAUGGGAGUUCCCCUGGCCUCAGGAGGCGCCCACCUACGAUAAGACAGGGAAGGUGAAGAACACCAACAACCCGGAAUACGACGCCAAGUUCAUGAUCGCCAUCGAUCGCAGCUCCCGGUCCAUGAUGAGGAUAUUUCGGCGACAGAGUAUCAAAUGCGAGGUCUGGGAACGAGGGGCCCGCUGGCGCCGCUGCCGCUCACCGUGCUGUUCUAUCGGCAGUCAUCUGUUUGGCUGGACGGACCAGCUCAUCGGCACCGCCCAGGUCAAACUGGAGGACCUGCAGGACAAGUGCGUCGUCCACAAGGCCUACAACAUCGUCGAGGGUCGACGCACGGUCAAGGGCAAGCUGGAGGUCAAGAUGCGCAUGCGUAAGCCGGCAGUGUCCGACCAAGUGGAACAGAUCAAGGAAAAGUGGCUCGUCAUCGACAAGCUGUAGGCUCAGUUACACUGCCUGGCGGAAGUUUUCAGCUUGGUCUACAGCUCAGCCUGUGCACGCAGCAGCUUAGCCUGCUCUUUAGCCUAGAGUGGAGCGUUCAAUCUUUUCACACUCUCACACACCUUCAGUCCAGAGUGCAGCACAGCCGUGUUUUAGAGCAAAUCGGUCUGGGGCCCUGGGGGCCACUGCUACUACUAUUUUGGUGGUUUGCUGCCUGGUGGGUGUUGAACACUCACACAAGCUGCUGAUGUAGGCUAUUGAUGCUGAAUCGGUGCUGUAUGCGGGCCAGUCUCCUGGCCUAGUUCGCUGGUAUUACGAAGUCGCCUGUGAUGACUACAUGCUAUAACACAGCACCCGGCGUUCCUAUGUAGCCGUGUUGGUGGUGCGUACGCUUUGUGGCAUGUAGCGCAGUUCUGUGCCUUUAGGCGAACGCCGUGGGUGAUGCUUUACGCGAUGAAAGACUGCACGACUGACUUCAAACUCUGUCUACUACUGAGAUGGGAUGGCGUCGAUUAUAUGCGCCGCUGCGUUGUGACGGCUCGUGUAGGGCACUGGGAUGCCAUCGCAGCUGAAACCUUUGGCCUCAGGCAGUGCCCCUGGGCAAGCUGCGGAGCUCCGCCACGCCACGCCCAGCCCCUGGCCUUGCCCGCACUGGCGGCCACCGGGCGGCUAUUUCUGUCCGUCCGUGUGGCGUGAGGCGGUGCAGGGGCGGGAGCUGCGUGUGCGAGCCGCCCACCGGGCAGCCAGCCUGGCUGAGGUCCAGUUACACUACUGAACUCCGGCCCAACACAGCUGAUCCAGCAGGGGCCCUGCUACGGAACAGGGCGGGUGCUACGCAAACUGAUGUGAUGGAUUGCACGCUGGUCGGUGUGUCGAUGUGACAGGGCCAUUAGGCUGGGUGCUGUGUAUACUUCUGUGGUCGCGGGCGCUGGCUAGACGGACACUGCCGUCCGACUCCCAGGUCCGCUACGCUCUGCAAUGGAGAUCAUAUAUUGGGGCCGGGGCUAUUGUGAUGUCUGCCUGUGCUAUCACAUGAAUAAACGUAAUGAUGCAACGCA